AUGCAUGGCGACGGACGUGCUGCCGCGCGGCUCGCACUCCUCCCUAGCUCCCUGGCCAGGUUAGGCUGCCGCCCGGACCUCCUUCGUCCACCCUUGCGUGGUCUCGCCUUCCUCCGCACAACGCUGGCCAGCACUGACGAUCCCAGGUCCAGCCCAUCGUCCCCGAGGUCACGAUUCCGCCGGAAGUCACCCCGGAGAAUGUCACAACAAGCAUUGUCGACACGAGCUCACCUGCUGAGCCAGCUUGGGCGCGCGCAUGUCAUUUGCCUCGUGUACUCGAUCUCGGACCCGUCAAGCUUCGACCGCGUCGCCGAGUACUGGCUCCCAUUGUUCAGAAAAGAGGGCAUCAAUGUCCCCGUCAUCCUCGUCGGGAACAAGAUUGACCUCCGCGGUGGCGAGGUCACGAAUCAGGCGCUCGAGGAGGAGGUCGCGCCAAUCAUGCGAGAGUUCAAGGAGGUCGAGACUGUUGUCGAAUGCAGUGCGCGCCUACCACUCAACGUAUCCGAGGUGUUCUACUUUGCGCAAAAGGCGGUGCUCCACCCGACGGCGCCGCUGUAUGACUCGCGGGAGCACAUUCUGAAGCCCAAGUGCCUGGAGGCGCUGAAGCGCAUCUUCAAGAUUUCCGACGUCGACAAGGACGGCCUGCUGAACGCUGCCGAGCUGAACCAGUUCCAGCAAAAGUGCUUCUCGACGCCACUACAGACGCAGGAGCUGGAGGGAAUCCUGAAUUUGGUGCGGUCAUAUGACCCGGCCUCGGUCCAGCCGUUACCGAACACACCGAUGGCGCAGAUGAAUGAGAGCGGAGUGCUCGGAUGGUCGCAGACGGCACAGGACGGGUGGCCACAGAUCUCGACGCCGCAGGGCCAGCUGUCUCCGUCGGCUGAGGGUCUCACGGAACUUGGAUUCCUGUAUCUGCACACCAUUUUCAUCCAGCAGGGACGGAUGGAGACGACGUGGACGGUCCUGCGGCAAUUCGGGUACGGCGAGUCGCUCGACCUGAGGGAGGACUUCCUGUCGCCGCGGUUCGACGUGCCGUACGACUGCAGCGUGGAGCUGAGCCCGCUCGGCAAUCAGUUCCUGACGGAUAUCUUUGAGGCGUACGACAAGGACAAUGACGGCGCUCUGUCCCAGUCCGAGCUCGACGACCUCUUCUCGACCUCGCCUGGGAACCCGUGGCUGUCGCAGGGCUUCCCGCAUACGACGAUCACAGACGACCUCGGCCGCGUCACGCUGCAGGGGUGGCUCGCGCAGUGGUCCAUGAUGACGCUGCUGGACCCGAAGCUGACGCUCAACUACAUGGCUUACCUUGGAUUCUCGUCCUCGCCGGCGUCGGACAUGCCGCUCGUCGCGAGCGUGAAGGUGACGCGGCCGCGCAAGGCGGACCGGCGCGCGAAGAAGGUCACGCGCAACGUGUUCCUGUGCUACGUCCUGGGCGCGACGGGGUCGGGCAAGACCUCUUUGCUGCGGUCAUUCGUGCACAAGCCGAUCAGCGGGGACGACCGCUCCUACGAGCCGACGACCAAGGUGCUUUCGGUGGUGAACUCGGUCGAGAUCGACGGGCAGGAGAAGUACCUGGUGCUGCAAGAGUUUGGCUCAAAAUACGAAUCCGAGAUGCUCAUCAACAAGAAGAAGCUCGAGCUCGCCGACAUUCUGCUCUACAUCCACGACUCGAGCGACACGAAUUCCUUCUCGUACAUCUCAAACUUGCGGCAGCAGUACAACCUCGACCACAUCCCGAGUCUCUUCAUCGCGACCAAGAGCGACCUCGACCUCGCCCAGCAAAGGCACGAGGUCCAGCCAGACGUGUACUGCCGCCGCCUUGGAUUGCCCGCCCCUCUGGCCGUGAGCGCCGUCUCGGGCCCGCUGCCCAACCUCUGGGUCGCGAUCACGCGAGUGGGCCUCAACCCGACAUCGUACAUCCCGCGCGGACCACGGAGCGACUCGCCCGCAAAGCGCGUCGCCGUGUACACCCUCACCGCAUCCAGUAUCAUGGCCAUGGCAGCCGUCUGGAUGCGAUACCAGGGGUACACGUUUCGCGGCGUCUGGGGCUGGGUCGUGAGGAACACUGGCAUGCUGCUGGGAUGGACUGCGAGAGAGAAGUGA